GCUGCUAAUCACACGCUCUGAAACAAAACAGCACUUCACUUCGGGAUCUGGGCAAGAUCAGACUUCCCUCCCCUCCUUUCCCCUCCCCUCCCUCUCUGCCCCCUCCCUGCUUUUCCCCUCCCCUCUCCCCGGCAGCCGCCGAGCCGGUCCCUCCGAUCCGACCUGGCAGGCUCACGCUGGGGGCCGCUGCCGGCUGGGGCUGCCCGAGACCGCGCUGCCCUCCCUGCCUUGUCCUGCCCUGCCCUUCCUUGUUCCUGCCCUGUCCUGACUAUCCUGCCGCCUCCCGGCCCGGCGCCCUCCCUGCCCCGCUCCCGGGCACCGCCGCCCCGGCGAUAAAAAGUUGCUCCGAGGAUGGGAGCGCAUCUGCAGCCGCUGGCCCUGCGGCUCCUGGCGCUGACUUUCCCCUUGGUGGCGAAGGGUUUUUCCGACGAAACCUUGGAGAAAGCCGCGAAAUCCGAGGGAUAUUGCAGUCGGAUCCUGCGAGCCCAAGGCACCAGGAGGGAAGGGUACAAUGAAUUCAGCCUCAGGGUGGAGGGGGAUCCAGAAUUUUACAAGCCUGGAAACAGUUACCGGGUGACACUUUCCGCUGCCACCCCUGCUUACUUUCGAGGGUUCACACUGAUCGCCCUCAAGGAAGGAAAAGAAGGUGACAAAGAGGAGGACCAUGCAGGAACUUUCCAGAUCAUAGAUGAAGAAGAAACACAGUUCAUGAGCAAUUGUCCUGUUGCUGUGACUGAGAGCACACCUCGGAGGAGGACACGCAUUCAGGUGUUCUGGACGGCUCCACCUACAGGGACAGGCUGUGUGAUUCUAAAAGCCAGUAUUGUGCAGAAGCGCAUAAUUUAUUUUCAAGAUGAGGGUUCUCUCACCAAAAAAAUUUGUGAACAAGACUCAGCCUCGGAAGGUGUGACUGACAAACCAAUUUUAGAUUGUUGUGCCUGUGGAACUGCCAAAUACAGGCUAACUUUUUAUGGAAACUGGUCAGAAAAAACACAUCCCAAAGAUUUUCCACGACGCACCAACCACUGGUCUGCGAUCAUUGGCAGUUCCCACUCGAAGAACUACAUCCUUUGGGAGUAUGGAGGAUAUGCCAGUGAAGGUGUCAAACAGGUCGCAGAGUUGGGGUCCCCAGUAAAGAUGGAAGAAGAGAUUCGACAGCAAAGCGAUGAGGUUUUAACCGUCAUCAAAGCCAAAGCUCAGUGGCCGGCCUGGCAACCUCUGAAUGUGAGAGCUGCUCCCUCUGCUGAGUUCUCUGUCGAUCGCCACCGGCACCUGAUGUCCUUCCUCACCAUGCUCGGCCCCAGCCCCGACUGGAACGUGGGGCUCUCUGCCGAAGAUCUCUGCACCAAGGACUGUGGCUGGGUGCAGAAAGUUGUUCAGGAUUUAAUCCCCUGGGAUGCUGGCACGGACAGUGGUGUUACCUAUGAGUCUCCUAACAAACCUACAGUGCCUCAGGAGAAGAUCAGACCACUUACAAGCUUAGAUCAUCCCCAAAGUCCAUUUUAUGAUCCAGAAGGAGGAUCUAUCAAGCUGGUAGCCAGAGUCGUCAUUGAGAGAAUUGCACGCAAGGGGGAGCAAUGCAAUAUCGUUCCUGACAACAUAGAUGAUAUUGUGGCAGAUCUGGCACCGGAGGAAAAAGAAGAAGAUGAUACCCCUGAGACCUGCAUAUAUUCAAACUGGUCCCCAUGGUCAGCCUGCAGCUCUUCUACCUGUGAAAAGGGGAAGAGGAUGAGGCAGAGAAUGCUUAAAGCUCAACUGGACCUCAGUGUGCCCUGCCCAGACACCCAAGAUUUUCAGCCAUGCAUGGGUCCAGGCUGCAGUGAUGAAGAUGGUUCCACUUGCAUGAUGUCUGACUGGAUUACAUGGUCCCCCUGUAGUGUUUCCUGUGGAAUGGGAACGAGAUCUAGGGAGAGAUAUGUAAAACAGUUCCCUGAGGAUGGCUCCAUGUGCAAAGUGCCUACAGAAGAGACUGAGAAGUGUAUUGUAAAUGAGGAGUGCUCUCCCAGCAGCUGCCUUGUCACUGAAUGGGGUGAGUGGGAUGAAUGCAGUGCUAGCUGUGGCACAGGUAUGAAGAGACGGCACAGAAUGAUCAAGAUGACUCCUGCUGAUGGAUCCAUGUGCAAGGCAGAAACUACAGAGGCAGAGAAGUGCAUGAUGCCUGAAUGCCCCAUUGACUGUGAACUGACGGAGUGGUCCCAGUGGUCCGAAUGCAACACCUCGUGUGGAAAGGGCCAUAUGAUCAGGACAAGGAUGAUUAAAAUAGAGCCCCAGUUUGGAGGAACAGCAUGCCCAGAAACCGUCCAACGUUCAAAAUGUCGAGUAAGGAAAUGCCUGCGAGGCCCGGGUAUGGAAAAGAGGCGCUGGAAAGAGGCCCGGGAGAAAAGGAGAAGCGAACAAGCAAAAAAGAAUAUAGAUAGUGAGCAAUAUCCAGUUUGUAGGCUGAAACCAUGGACUGCUUGGACAGAAUGUUCUACACUCUGUGGAGGUGGAAUUCAGGAACGCUACAUGAUGGUGAAGAAGAGGUCCAAAAGUACUCACUUUACCAGUUGCAAAGACAAAAAGGAGCUAAGAGCAUGUAAUGUUCAUCCUUGUUAACAAAACACAAGGUUCCAAGUGAUGCACUCUGAGCUAAAUGGAAAGUCAACCUUGGUUUGGUUUUUAAAACAACAACAACAAAAAUAUAAAGUGUAUAUUAGUUUUCAUUUUUGCAGUGUGGUUUGCUUUUUAGUCUUGCUGGUGCAAGAAAAAUAUUUUAUAAAUGUUUCCUCACAGAUUUAUGCUGAGAGUAAAUCUUUGGUACUCCAGCCAGCCCUUAAUGCAUAAAAAUAGUAAGUCAUCAUGAGUUAUUUAACUAAAAUACAGACAUAUUUGUGGACAUGGAAUAGCCAUAUAGAAAUGCUACUUGUAAAGACAUGGGAUGCAUGCGUAUUAACACAAGUGACAUGUUUCAUAUGAGGGAGGAUUUCUCUCUUGAUUUGAUCUGAUUUUAAAAAUCCAAAGCAGUGCCUACAUAAUUACACAACUAUGCCAAGGAGUAAUUUCAGUAAUGCUGGUUCAAUAAUAUUAAAGGUGCAUGUUUAUCUUUUUACACUAUUGGGUUAAGCUGAUAGUUAUAAUAAUAAUAAUAAUAAUCCUAAAUACUUUUCUUCACGUGGAUGCUGUGGUCCAUGCAAAAUGGUCUUUGUUUCAUUAAAACUUAAAAAGAAAAUAAUUUGUUCAGCUCAAUAAUGAUGUCUGACCACUACACACUCAAGUCAAAACAGCACACAAAGAAAACAUGUGAAUGUCAUAAUAUAUUUAGGUUCCAUACUCCUAUUUUGGAUCUAUCCGCUGCCUCUCAAAAUAGAUACAAAACUAAUAGAAAUUGGUCUAGAGAGUUGUAACAGCUGUGUCACAUAAAGUUUCCACAUGAGAGACACUAAAAAACUAGAUUCAGUUUCACGAGGAUGUUAAUCACAGAUGAAGAGGGAAAUAGGUUUAUAAUAUAACAAAAAUGGUAGAGAAAAGGUGAGCCAGGUUCUCAUGUAUCCCUUAUAACAAACAAAGGGAAGGAAGCCUCUGAAAUGAAACAAUGACAGUCUCUUAAGAAGGUAAUUAGAGAUUGACACAGGAAUACAUUUACAGCACUGUCAUUUAUGUUUGUUUUUUUUACUCAGAGUAUAGAAUAAUCUAAAAAUUACUAAAUUUGUGAAGAUUAGCCAUUUGUAGAUAUACUACCAGGUUAAAUUCCCUCCCUGACCACUUGAGUGAUCAACAAACUGCCUGAGAUUAGAAAAUAGCUCCUCACCUUUCUAAUUGCUAUUUAAUACCCUCUGCUGCAGAAUUUAGGUCUCAUCCCUAUGUGUAAUCAAGUGUAAUCAGCAAGACCCUUGGGCUUCACUUGUUAUUGGAAUACAAUAUUGUCCUGCAGGUUUAACAAGAUAACAUUAAAGAUAAGAGGUUGUUGUCUUUUGGUCCAGGAAAGGCAGCAUACACCUAUGUCUCUACAGAAGUAAUAACAAUGCACUGAAAAUAAAGACUGUUGAUGCUGACUCUUUAAACAAGCUUGAGAGAAAUGAAUGGAGCAAAAUUUAUUUUGUGGUGUCUUUAAAGCAGCCUUAAGUAAUUUACUCACUUCCUUAACACUGAGAAGCUGACACCUGGGUUUUAAGUGUUCCCACACUCAAAGUGUGUGCACCACAACCCACUGAGGAUGUUCAGCUUCACUACCACCACCCUGGGGAUCCUCUCAUUACCCCCCUGUACCUGAACAGGGUGCACCCAGACGGGCUGGUUGCAUUACAUCAUAGGGCUUUUCAUCAUCAUUUCUCUGCUGAACGCUGCAAGGGCUGCUCAGUACUUCCACAUCUGCUGCAUCCCAGCCCCUCAAGGUAUUGUACUGCUUUUUGCAUAUUUGGAAUGAAGGAAGAGCCAGGAAAACAAUGGAACCAACCACAGUAAUAAGCCUCUCCCUCUGCUGCUAAAUGAAAUGGGUGCAAGUCCACAGUCAACCAAACGAGGAGAAAAAAGGAUACAACAAGGUUUAAUGCUAAAACCAAACAUUUUACAUUUUGCACAGCUUGGCUCACUUAAUAAUAUUAAAUCAGAAGAUAGUUUGCCUUCUUGGGCCUCUUCAAAAAUUCUAUAGUUUAUGUCUCUGUAGCACUGCCAUUGCAGGAUAGCAGCAAGUCUGUCCCUCUCUAAUGCUUUACAACCUUACCUUGCACAUGACCCUUUCCUGACCAAAACAAAAACCCAACAAAAAAACAGUGGAAUGAUACAGAAGCUGGAGGAGUGACCAGCCGAGCAUGUUUUGGGUGAAGAAAGAGAUAUCUGCAAGAGAAGGGCUACAGUGACCAAUGCCAGGGCAGAGCU